UUCUGGCCCUGCUGCGAGCUGUUCAAGUCAGUUCCGUUCAUUACUGUAAGUGACUGCUGGAGUUCGCAUCUAUGUGUAAAACGUUGUGUUAGACUCACACAUACAAAAAAAAAUGUAAGCAUGUUAAUGACCUUAAAGUAAUAUCGCUCUCAGUUCUCGGACGUUUUAAAAUGCUAGGCCUAUGCCUAUAUAUUUUUGUUCCUUUUUUCUUUUUGUGUUGUCUAGUUGAUGUGUUUAGUGUUGAAGUCUCAGUAAAGGAGGGAGAUUCUGUCACUCUACACAUUGAUCUUCAAAUAGAGAAAAAAGAAGGGUGUUCGUGGAAGUUCAACAAUAUUCAGAUUGCUAAAGUCACUGGAGACAUUCCUACUGAAUAUGGGCAGUUCACAAACAGACUGAAGCUGGAUCAUCAGACUGGAUCUCUGACCAUCAUGAACACCAGGAGCCCAGACUCUGGAGUAUAUACGUUUAGAACUUUCAUUAAGGAUGAGGAGACAACAAAGACAUUCAGUGUUACUGUUUAUGCUCCACUUCCAGUUCCGGUCAUUACCAGUGACAUUUCAAAAUGUUCUUCAUCAUCAGAAAAUUCAUCAAGCCUAAAAUGUUCACUGCUGUGUUCGGUGUUGAAUGUGAAUCGUGUGACUCUCUCCUGGUACAAAGGAAACAGUGUAUUGUCCAGCAUCAGUGUGUCUGAUCAAAGCAGUCCUUCUCUUCCUCUGGAGGUGGAAUAUCAGGAUAAAAACACUUACAGCUGUGUGAUCAACAACACUAUCAGUAACCAGACCAAACACCUCUGCAUUUCUGCUCUUUGUCGUAUAUGUUCAGAUGAAGUCCCCCUUUAUAAUGAUUGUGGAAGCACUGAAGUUUUGCUCAGAUUGGUCGUCACUGCUCUGAUGGGCCUGGCUGCUGUGGCCGCUUUCAUUGUACUGGUUUAUGACAUCAAAUCCAGAAGAGCCGAAUAAGACAGACUUCAGUCCCUCAACGAUGGAUCAGAAAUUCUAAAACAGGAAUAAACUAUUCCUGUUAACUAAUUUUGUUUAUUUCUCUUAAAAUGUUAGGAACAAACAAUUAAGAUAAAGGUACAUUUAAUACAUGUCAGAAUGCAUUUUGCAGUAAUAUUGUUUGUUUGUCAAAAGUGUAGUUUUAAGAAUAAUUUUAGACAAAAUAAAUUUAUUUAAACUGGAAAAAUGUGGUUCAAUCCAUUAGAAUACCAGUUUUCUAUCUUGGCUUUUUAAUUUGCUUAAUGCCUUUGUUGUGCUUAAACAUGACAUACAUAAUCUGACUAAGAGCAAAGUAUUGUAAAUAAAAGUUUUAAUAAGCUUAAACCUUGUACUAGAGUGCCUGUAUAUUUGAAUUUGAAAUAAAUUGUAUGCUUGUCCAUUUUU